AUGUCAUCAUCCACCGAACACUGCCGCCUCGUGGUCCUCUGCUCCGGCUCCGGCACGAACCUGCAAGCCAUCAUCAACGCAGUCGCCGACGGCACCGUGCCGCAAAGCAAGAUCGAAAAGGUCAUCGUGAACCGCAAGACCGCCUACGCCGUCCAGCGUGCGGAGAAGGCGGGCAUCCCGACGCGGUACUUCAACCUCGUCUCGGGCGGCUUCACGGCCAAGGGCGAAAAGGACGAGGCCAAACUCAAGGAGGGCCGCGGCCGGUACGACGCGGCGCUGGCCGAGGUCGUGCUGCAGGACAAGCCGGACCUGAUCGUCCUCGCCGGGUGGAUGCACGUGUUUAGCGCGCCGUUUUUGCGGCCGUUGGAGGCGGCUGGGGUUCCUGUUAUUAAUCUCCAUCCGGCGCUGCCUGGCCGUUAUGAUGGUGCCAAUGCGAUUGGCAGGGCGUAUGAGGAUUUCCAGGCCGGCAAGCUUGAGAACAACCGGACCGGAGCAAUGAUUCACUAUGUCAUUGAGACAGUGGACCGUGGAGAGCCUAUCCUCAUUGAAGAGGUUGAGAUUCGCUCGGGCGAUAGUCUGGCAGAUGUUGAAGAACGCAUGCACAACGUCGAACACGGUCUCAUUGUCAAGGCCACCGCAAAGGUCGUCCAGAAGAUUCUGGAAAAGAAGAAGAAGCAGCUCUGA